AUGUUGAAAAUAUAUUUAGCUGUGUUAAUAAUAAAUGGUGUGGGUGGCCAAAUUAGCUUUUCAUCAUUACCUUGUAACCAUCGAAGUCCGAAAAUUGUAGGAGGCUCGGAUGCCGAAAAAAGCGAAAUGCCAUUUAUGGUAAGUCUUAUGCGACGAGGAGGACACUUUUGUGGCGCUAGUAUUUUAAAUGAGCGGUGGCUUGUGACGGCGGGCCAUUGUGUCUGCAAUGGAUUAAACAAGAUAUUUCAAGCAUCACAGAUACAAGGUGUUAUAGGUCUUCACAGUAUAUCACAAUAUCUUAAUGGUAAUUCAGCCGAAAAAUCGACUCCAACUCGCAUUAACUUUAAAAGUAUUAUACCUCAUCCAAAAUAUGAAUGCACCAACGUAAAACAUGAUAUUGCUCUACUUCAGUUGGAUGAACCUUUACAAUUUACAGACGGUGUCAAGCCAAUAUGUGUAAGUGUUGAAAAUCCUCUUAUAGCAUACGAAAAUCAGUUAGCGAUUGUAUCUGGUUGGGGAUGGACAAAUGAGAAUCAAGAAGAAGGCCACAAAGCAGAUAUUUUAAAAAAGGUUGCUGUGAAAAUCUGGAACAAUAAUAGUUGCGAGAAAUCUUAUAAAAGAAAUGGGAAGCCCAGCAGCAUAAUCUCAGACACCCAAUUAUGUGCAGGAUUCAAAAACGGAGGAGCAGAUUCUUGUUGGGCUGAUUCUGGCGGCCCACUUAUUAUGAAAGAUAAAAUAUUAGUUGGAAUUGUUUCCACGGGAAUCGGAUGUGCUAGACCUGGACUUCCGGGGAUAUAUACACGAGUCGGCAAAUAUGUUGAUUGGAUUGAUUCAGUUUUAAAGAACGCUAACGCUCUCUAAAAUGUACUGUGAUAUUAGUACAAACAUUACCAUGAGUAUUUUGCAUGUGAUAAAAAUAUCUAGAUUGUAACUUAACUUAUACAUAGUACCUGAAUUUGUAAUAAUUAAAUUGUCUAAAUACC